AUGUACGAUCUGUCUUCAUUGGACCUACCUGAAGACGAGCGGAAGCGAAUUCGGUGUUCCAAGUGGGAUUUUGACAAAACAGAUUUCGGUGAAACUAUCACCAGCAAAUGGGAAUUGGUGUGUGGAAAAGAGUGGGUGAUAUCGACGAGUCAGGCCAUGUUCAUGGUUGGGAAGUUCCUGGGCUGUGUUGUCUUCGGAAUGUUCUCAGACAGGUUCGGCCGGAAGACGACACUGAUGGUAUGCGCUGGCAUGAAGUUGGUGUUCGGAGUUGUCGCAGCCUUUGCUCCGAAUCUCUGGGUCUUCGUUUCCCUGCACGUGCUCGUCGCCAUGGCGGCGUCGGGAAUGUACACUGCAGCAUUCGUCAUC